AAUUAUCUCCAUAGUAUGAAGACCACCUAUACCGUUUCCAAACGCAUACAUGGCAUAAAGCAGUUCGCUGACCAUCGGGUAUUCAAGAUGCGUGGCCACAACGUUUUGAAAAGGUUUAUAAGAUCUUUCUGCUCAGCGAGGAUGGCGGAAACGACCUAUACUACCGUCAGUGAAGGGAAUAAAUUCCUGGAUCACAUCACUGAAAAAGGGAUGGACAAUAAGAGCAUUAUCAACAGAUUCGACGAAGUCAGCAGCAAGUACAAUGAGGCACUAGGGUCUGUGGAUUACAUGGGUCCCAGGACGCUUGCAACAAUUCUGGCGGAAUUGCAUCCCAGCGGCCGAGAGAAUGUGAGAGUGUUGGAUGUGGCGGCAGGGACAGGACUGGUCGCUAUCGAGCUGAGGAAGAAGGGCUUCGUCAACAAUGAUGGACUGGAACCGUCGGAGCAGAUGCUGGCAGAAGCAAAACGAAACAAUUUAUACGGACGUUACAUCUGCGACCUGGUUGGGGAAAACACCUUUGAUAUUGUGAACGAUACCUAUUCCGCAGUGACUAUGUCUGCGUUGAGUUUAGAGAUUUUUAAGAAACUCCCCGUGAAGGCCCUGGAGGAGCUAGCGCGUGUUGUGAAGCCAGGAGGGCACAUUCUGAUGGGGCAUUAUGACUUCGCCUUCGACAGUGAGGUUCUCAAGGCGAAUUUCAGCAGCCUGGAAGGUCGAGGCUUGUGGAAGUUGAUUGAAAAGAGACCGACUCCUGACUUCACUCAGGGCAAACACGGAGACACGCAAUUCUACGGUCUUCAGCAGUCAGCCGGAUGA